UCUCUGUAUACAAACGCAUAAAUGGUCUCUAUUAACUCCCAAAGAACAAACCUUUUUCUGUCCCUUUGUGUGUGUGUGUAUAUAUAUAUAUAUUCUCUUGAUUUAAUUCAGAGUUCACAAUCUUAUUGAACCAUGGCUCUUGUGUACAAGCUGCCCUCGCUUUCUUCUUCUUCUUCUUCUUCUUCUUCUGCACAAAAUUUAAAGCAUUUCUUGUCAAUCCCAAAAACCAUAUGCUCUUUACAUUUCAAGAGUUCACCUUUCACAGAGAAACAUUCAAUUGAGAUAUACCAAAGAGACCACUGGCUUUACAAGGACCAGCCAGAGCUUUACCAGCACCAAUCUUCUUCUUCUUCUUCUUCUUCUUCUUCUUCUUCGUGUCCUCUCCCAUCCGAUAAAGAGUCUAUCAGGCAAAACGACAUAGCUUUGCAGCUACCAGAGCUGAGGAAGCUACUUCAAGUGCUUAAGGAGAAGAGGGAGAAUUGUGGUAAAAAUGGAGAGAAUUGUGGGCCAGGGAAUGUGUACUUGGUAGGUACAGGACCAGGGGAUCCAGAAUUGUUGACGUUGAAGGCAGUGAGAGCAAUACAAAAAGCUGAUCUUUUGUUGUAUGAUAGGUUGGUGUCCAAUGAUGUUCUGGAUUUGGUUGGUCCUGAUGCUAGAUUGCUUUACGUUGGCAAGACUGCUGGCUACCACAGCAGAACCCAGGAGGAGAUACAUGAGUUGCUUUUGAGUUUUGCUGAAGCAGGAGCUACUGUUGUGAGACUUAAAGGAGGGGAUCCGCUGGUAUUUGGAAGAGGUGGAGAGGAGAUGGAUUUUCUACAACAGCAAGGAAUUCAAGUGAAAGUUAUUCCAGGUAUUACUGCUGCUUCAGGGAUUGCUGCAGAGUUGGGAAUUCCAUUAACACACCGAGGUGUUGCAAAUAGUGUUAGAUUUCUAACAGGACAUUCAAGAAAAGGAGGAACAGAUCCACUUUUUGUGGCAGAAAAUGCAGCUGACCCUGAUUCAACCUUGGUAGUUUAUAUGGGCUUGGCAACCCUCCCUUCUCUUGCCCUGAAGUUGAUGCAUCAUGGUCUUCCACCAGAUACACCAGCAGCUGCAGUGGAGCGAGGGACCACACCUCAGCAGCGUGUUGUUUUCGCUGAACUAAAAGAUCUUACUGAUGAAAUUGCAUCAGCUGAGUUGGUUUCGCCUACGCUGAUAGUUAUUGGGAAGGUUGUUGCACUUUCACCAUUCUGGCCACAUUCUUCGAAGGAAGAAUCGUGUUUGAUGGAGGUUGUAUAGGAGAAGAAAUUCACAGCAUCUGCACAUUGAUAUUGGGAUUCAGUAGCUGCAAUUCAGGGAUUAGCUGUUACCUUUCUUUGAAGUUAUACUAAGGAGAUCUGUUAAGUUUCAUUCCGGCAGAGUUCUGAGGUUUAAAGGAUCUCAUUCCAUAUGAUAAGGAGAUCUGUUUUAAGCAUCUGGAAAAUGGCUGCCAUUUUUGUUUCUAUUUUCUUGCAACUCGGUUGGCCUGAAAGGUCAAAUUUUGAAACAUGGGUCUGAAUUUCAAAUUGAAAUAGAUCAGUGUUGUAAUUCUUUUUUGAUGAGUUGAGGAUAUUGUAUUAAAAUCUUCCACUUUCCAUGUCAUUCUUGGUCAUGUAUCAAUUGUUUUCUUGUUUU